GCAAAUUAUUUAACAGCUACAGUAAUACCAAUACCAAAACUGUUAAUCUCUGUGUUGUGAUUAACCUGCCUGAGACUAAGUACUCCUUUUCUCUCAUAUCAAGAGAUCCAUUUGAUCAUUGAUAACACUGAGGAACUAAGACUUCCAUUUUAUUAAAUCCUCCUAUAUAUAAACAAUGUUUUAUUUUCCAGUGGCAUUUACAGUUUCAUCUUUAAAUAUUGAGUUGACAGUGCACCUUUUCCACCUAAGGGGAAUAACUUUAAAACAAAAUCUCAGUUUGCAUAUGAACUUUGCCCACAAUGGGGUCAUCUUUAUUCAAGAAAUGGGAGUGAUAAUUGGUUUAUAUUUGUCUCAGAAUGUCACAUUAGUCACAGAUACGCAGAGGGUUGUUGUUUCCUUCCAUACAGAUGCUGCAUGACCUACUGAGUAUCUCCAGCAUUUUCUGUUAUUUCAGAUUUCCAGCAUCUGCAUGUUUUAAAAUAUAUUUGUGGGCUAAGUUCUUCUUCUUUCUCCUCAAGGAGCAGUUUUUGCAGACAGACAUACAUACUUCAUUGAUAUAUGGAAAUAAUAAUAAUAACACUGAUAGUAAUCAGGUGCAACUACAAUAGUCUUUGCAAUUAAGAAGUCUGUUAACUUGCAAUUUGCACUUGUGCAUGAGGAAGUUGACUCAUCAAGAACAUUAAUGCUUAGGAAAAAAAGCUGAGGUAAAGGAAGAACUUACAUUAGUAAAUUCUCAGACACCAGCGAUAUAAUGUCCAAAUCUAUCAUUAUUAUAUACCGUUUGAAUAGAUAAUUGUAGUCUAUUUACUGAAGUCUUUUUGGUCUUUUGUGAAGCUAGAAUAGAUUUGGUCUAAUUGCAAAAGUGGAAAGCUAUUUAUAAAAUUAAUUAGGGGUUUCAACAGUGCAUGCUUUUAUAGAGAAGUUGACACAGCCCAUCUGACUCAUUGUAAUGGACCAGUCUUAACUACUCCCUUGUUGAUUGGAAAAAAGUGAAUGUAGCUGGUGGAAGAAAUCUCUAACGUGCUGCUCUCUCUUACACUAUUAUUAUUAAGAACACAUUAAUUGAAAAUGAGUAUUAAUAUCAUAAAACAGUUCAAAAGCAAGUUUAUGUUGGAACACGGAAAGUAAACAGCAAAUUCACUUCCUGAAGCAACAAGUCUACAGUGGAUGCCAUUUCAUUGACUCUUCACACAAACCUGGAACAUCUGGACAGCAAAGAUGCAUACAUCAGGAUGCUCUUCAUUGAUUACAGUGCAGCAUUUAAUACCACCAUCUCCUCAAAACUAAUCAAUAGACUCCAAGACUGAUCGACAAGAGCCUCAACAUCCCUUUAUGUAAUUGAAUCCUGGAUUUCCUCACUUGCUGACUGCAAUCGGUUCGGAUUGGCAAAAAUAUCUCCUCCGCAAUCUCCAUCUGCACAGGAGUACCACAGGGAUGUGUCCUCAGCCCCCUGCUCUACUUGCUUUACAUCUAGAACUGUGUGGCUAAGUACAGCUCCAAAACCAUAUAUAAGUUUGCUGAUGUCGCCACUAUUGUGGGCCAUAUCAAAGGUGGUGAUCAGUAUACAGGAGGGAGAUGAAAAUUUGGCUGAGUGGUGUAAUAAUAACAACCCCUCACUCAAUGUUAGUAAUACCAUGGAACUGAAUGUAGACUUCAGGAGAAGGAAACUAGAGGUCCAUGACCCAGUACUCAUCAGAGGAUUGCAGGUGGAGACUGUCAGUAACUUUAAAUUCCUGGGUGUAACUAUCUCAGAGGACCUGUCCUGGAACCAUCAUAUAAAUAUAAUUGCAAAGAAAGCCCCUACCUCCUCAGGAGUCUGCGGAGAAUCGGCAUGUCAUGAAAACCUUGGCAAAUGUCUAUAGAUGUGUGGUGGAAAGUGCUGAUUAGCUGCAUUACAGCCUAGUAUGGGAACACUAAUGCCUUUGAGUGGAAAAUCCUACAAGAGGUAGUAGAUUCAGCCCAGUACAUCACAGGUAAUGCCCUCCCAACUAUUGAGUACAUAUACUUGAAACGUCCCCGUAGAAAAGCAGCUUUCAUCAUCAAUGAUCCUCAUGAUCCAGGCCAUCAAGUAGAAGGUACAAGGGCCUCGGGACUUACACCACCAGGCUCAAGAACAGUUACUAUCCUCAACCAUCAGGUUCUUGAACAAAAGUGGAUAACUACACUCAUUAUAUUUCUGGUGUUCCUACAACCAAUGGUCUCACUUUAGUAACUCUUAUCUUAUUAGUUCUUCCUCUUAUUAUUUAUUGCUAUUUAUUUAUAUUUGCAUUUACAUGGUUUGUUGUUCAUUGAUCCUGUUUAUAGUUACUGUUUUAUUGAUUUUCAGGAAAAAGAAAUCUCAGGUUUGUAUGUGGUAACAUUUAUGUUUUUGUUGAGUGCCAUUGAAUUGUCAUUGACUAAUGGCAACCCUAUGGAUUGUAUAGUUGUCCAUAGGGUGUCUGUGGCAAGAUACAGAAGAGAUUGCCAGGCCUUUCUACUGUACAGAGACUGCAGCUGUGCAGGUUGGGACGCAGCCAGAUUCAAACUCAGGACCAUCUACCUCAAAGUCAAGUGCUGAUGCCAUUACACCAGCAGCCGACCUAAAUUCAGAGGACAAGUUGUGAUCACUGGUUCUGGACUAGACAGGCAGGAAAACUAUCUACUGUGUAUCUACCAUGCCAUGCCCCUUAAGGUUAAGGUGUCCGUACUUGGCAAUUCAUCUUUCCCCUGUAAUUCCUGUGUUUGCAAUUAUCCUCUUCAUCUUUGUGAUGGCCAUGCUAUUACGUACCAGUUUCAGUGACCCCGGCGUGCUCCCACGUGCUGAACCCGAUGAGGCCGCAUUUGUGGAGAUGGAAAUAGAGGCAGCCAAUGGCAACGUCCCAGCAGGUCAACGACCACCACCAAGAAUUAAAGAUAUUCAAAUCAACAAUCAGAUUAUCAAAUUGAAAUAUUGCUACACGUGCAAGAUAUUCCGUCCACCCCGGGCAUCCCAUUGCAGUGUCUGUGAUAACUGUGUGGAGCGUUUUGAUCACCACUGUCCCUGGGUUGGAAAUUGUGUUGGAAAGAGGAAUUACCGUUUCUUUUACCUCUUUACCAUCUCGUUGUCAUUUCUCACUGUCUACAUCUUUGCUUUCGAUAUUGUGCACGUGGCACUGAGAUCAGUGGACAAUGGCUUUUUAAACACACUGAAGGACACACCAGGAACUGUGCUGGAAGUAGUAAUCUGCUUCUUCACAUUAUGGUCUGUGAUUGGUCUGUCUGGAUUUCACACCUAUCUUAUUGCGCUGAACCAAACCACAAAUGAAGAUAUUAAAGGUUCUUGGUCAGGUAAAAAUGGAAUUCAUAACCCUUACAGCCACGAUGGUAUAAUAAAAAACUGUUGUGAGAUCCUUUGUGGGCCAGUGCCACCAAGUGUUCUUGACAGAAGAGGGCUUAUUAAAGAAGACACUGGUAUUUCAGUCCAAACUAAUGGUGUUGCCUGUACAGCACCACAGACAACGGCAAGUAAAGCUCCUUUGAUAUCCAAUGAGCAGGCACCAUUAAAAGUAGUUCCUUUCGUUCCUGGACAAAUGGAACCAGAAGCAAGAGAAACAACGUUAUCACCUAAUACAAACAUAGCACUUCCAUCCCCACCAACAGUGGACUUGAAUAUACAGACUGGCACCACAGUCCUGCGAAGAGAUGCACUUACAAAAGGAACAUAUCGAGGACAUGCCCUUUAGUAAAUUUGCUCCUGAAGGAAGUUCAAACAGAAGAAGGGGCACAAAAUGUUGGAAGAUGGUUCUUCUAUCUAAAUUAAGGUGCAAAAAGAAUUGACACUACAAUUUCCAUCUGAUCAGUAUUGUGUGUUUUAUAUGAAGGUGUUUUGGAAGUUGGAUAUGCUGUGAUGCAGCAUCAGAUUAGGAACGAUAAAGAAAAAGUCAAAUUGCUCAGAGACUUUUCAGGGCCAAUUUGCAUAUUUAUGGCCAAAUUUGUCCAAUCAUGCAUUCACAUUUGUUAUUUUACUUCAAAAAUACAAAAAUGCAGUUUGACAAAUGAAUUUUUCAGAAAGAAGUAACUGCUAAUUUCUUAGUUUAUUUCCCACUUCACUUUGUAACUUCAUGAAAAUAACCGGCAGGACAAUUAUUAUAUGAAUACCUCGUGUAGUAAUAUGCUGAAUUUCAUUUAGGUGCUAUGCAAAAUAUUGACGUGUUUUGAACUUAACAGGAUAAUUUCAUAAUAUCACCAAUUACUGGCAUGAAUGAAACACAAGCUAUAUAAAGAUGGCUAUGUGAGAGUUUUCGUGUGUGCGUGUAUAUGUGUGAGGGAAAGGGAAUAGGGCUCUUCAGAUACAUGAAUUGGAUGUUGGGUAAGUAACAUUGAACCUAGACCUAAAAUUAGAUUUUCCCUAUACGAGUUCAUGAAUGAACUUAUGCUGCCAUUGGAUGUUGUUUUCAUGAAAUUACAAUUUCUUUCUCAAUAUUAUAUUGUCGAACUAUGUGGCUUUACACAAAAUAAAUUCACUGUUCAAUUUUUGAACCAGGUCACACAAUACUAUGGAAAUAUGUGAAAUAGCUUACAGCUUAAGAUAAUUACCUAUGAGAAACAGUUCCUGAAAAAUUGAACCUCACUAUUAAAGCUGGAGUUCCACUGCCUUGUACAUUAAAGAACUUUUUGAGCUCAAUGUGCAAAAUAUAGAACUGGGAGAAAGGAAGCAAAAAGUUGUGUUGAUGGGAAUUUGUUUUACAGACAUCGUAUUUUCAAAUUUAACAAAUAAUUCAUUGCUGGGAGAGAGUGAAUUAUAUUAAAAGCAGAAAAAUGGGUUGGUGCCACUUUAUAAUUUAAUAUAAAUGACGUCUUUUAACAGCAGUAGAGGUAUGCAUGGAAUUGUUUUUCCCUUGUAGUUAAUCAGCUGGUGUUUUGAAUUGUCCAAAGGCUAGUUUUGCAGUUUCUCAAGACUACUAAAUUUCAGCAAGGAUCCAAGGACAAACUGUGGCUUAGUUAAAAGGCUUCUAAGUUAGACUCGAACACUGGCUUAAAUUUUCAAAGUCCAAAACUGAGGCACAAAUACAAAGGUUUUAAGACUGAAGAAAAUGCUUUGUGCUCCCAACCUCUUCUGAACAGGUUAUAGUGCCUUUGAUGAUAUUGAAUGGAACCAUUUGGAAAUUUGUAAUAUCUUGCAGAUUGAUAUGUAUGAUAAUGUGUUAAAUGAGGUUAGUCUUAUUGAAUGAAAUGGUGACAACUAUGAAAUUGAUUCAUUUGCUUGUGUUUUUGUGCAAAACAACAUUGUUAUUGUAAUUAUAUUAGUCUCUACAUUAUUGCACAUCCUUACACCAAUAACAGAACGUGCUUUGUAAUCUGAAUAAAGUGACCCUGUCUGUUAUUCACUGUAUCUAGAAAGACAUAUAGUUCUGAAGUUGCACUGACCCAACAUUUCCUUUUGCAUGAUUUUUAAUAAUAAUACUCUGAUUGUAAACAAGAUUCUGGGGAAAAAGUGCAGUUUCUUCUGAUUUUGAACCCUUCAAAACAGAAUGAUCCAAAUGCUAUAUCAGGAAAUCUGAGUCUGUGGUUGGGUUAAGUAUUUAUGAACCUUUUAGAGUUUCAACCAAAUAACUUGUAGCACAAUUGGAUUCUGUAGGUGGUAGCUUUAGAUACAUUAAGUCUUGGGACCGAAACUGCAUUUUGCAGCAUAGUUUUCCUUAUAAAAACUUAGUUACGUAAUUUAAGACUUAGUGCAAAUGUUAGGUAAUAAUUUGUAACAGCUUUUAUCUGAUAGUUUCAUCAACAUGAAAUUCUGCAGAUGCUGGAAAUCUUGAGCAACACAUACAUGAUGCUGGAGGAACUCAGCAGUCAGACUGUGUCUAUGGAGGGAAAUUAACAGUUGCUGUUUCGGACCUGGAACAUCAAACCUCUGUACGUGUGUCCUGACUUGCUGAGUUCUUCCAGCAUUUUGUGUGUGUGUGUGUUGUAUCUGAUCAUUUUGAGUGUUUGAAUAAGAAAGCUCAACCGUCUUUCACAUCUGAAGCCCAUUUCUAAUUAUUUCACAGCCAACUGUAACAACAUGCAUGCGAUCUAAAUUAAGUAAUCAAUAAACUUGCUUGAUCUAAUAGCUUAAAGGUAGACCCAAACAGCAGACUUCCCAUCUGAAAUAUUGUAAUCUAAUAGAGCCAUUUUACAGUUGUCUUUUUCCUUGUGUGAAGAUGUCACUUUGAAAUAGAACCUUAUAGGAUCAUUGCUAACUCAUAUGCACACUGCUGAUCAAAAUUAUUCUCAAAAAUGUUGCAGCCAUUGAAUUUUAUAUGUUGUCAUUGAUCCCUCAUUUAAUAUUAACUGUAGCAUGCCAAUCAGCAAUUUUACAGAAUUCAAUGCCAAAAGUGAUCAAAUUUCACAAAAUUGAGAUGUUGAGUAGAUUUUGAAAUGUUAUAGUGGGGAUAAGUAGUUUAAACAAAAAUGGCCCCCAAUAUCUUUGAAUAUUCUUUCUAUUAUUUUAUAUUCACACUAGUUUAAUCAGUCCAAUGUAAUUUUAUUCACACUAGGUGGAAUUGGAAGCUAUGGCAAGGUCAGUUUGUUAAUGGAAGGGCCAGGAUAUGGAUAGUUUUCCUUUUCAAAUGAUCAUACUUUUUGACUCAUCUUCAGCAACCCAGGUCAUCCUGAUCAGAAACUGGUCUCUUUUAAGGUUUAAAAUUAGAAGAUAAAAGAUGUAACAUUUGCAGAUAUAUGGACAGUUGUUUCUCAAAUUGUAAGGUACUAUGGUUUAAGGUAAGUGUAUGCAUUAUCUAAAUUGAUAAUGACCCUAUGCAUCAGAUUUGGGGGAAUAUUCUCCCUCAUCUCUACAACAAUUCGACAAUCCACCAGCCAGCCAAAAACUUCACUUGCACUAAAUGUUAGAAGGUCAGUUAGAUAGGUAAGACCUACGUGGUUGAAGGCAAGGUGCAAAGCCUUUAAAUUUGGUCAGCUUACUUGUUAUCGUGAAUUGUCUUUAAUAUUAAUAAGACUAUGUUGCUUUGACUAUGAAAACAUGAAAUGCGUCUUGAAGCAAGUUGGUACGUACUUUCCCAGAAAAUGUCAAGAUUUGACAUUUGGAAACUUGGGACAGGUUUCAAUAGUUUGCAAUAUUUAAAUGAAUCAAACAAAUCAAUGCAUCAAAUAUUAACAUUUGCAGAUGUUAAUUUUAUUGAAAAUUCUCACACACUUUGUGGUUUUUCUUGUUGAAAUUGUCCUUUAGUUGUAACUGAUGGUGCAAUGCCAAGAGAAAAAGCCUAAUGAUAACUGUGGAAUUCAAAGUGAAUUGGAAUUAAGGAUGAUGCAACAAUUAAAUUUAUGCACACUCCUUCAAAUGUUUCAUCAAAAGUUGCGUGAUCUGAUAACCUACUAUUUGUACUUCACAUUUUUUAUCUUGAUCAAUAAAUGUGAUCUAUUUAGCAGUGAAACCCAAUUAUCAUCUCUCUUACACGAUUUACCCUUUCAUAAGAUUCAAAACAUUUUUUUUCCUUGACACAAUAGGAUCACCUUUUCUCCCUGUAUUUGUUUUCACAAGUUCAGAGAUACCCUUCCCUGUCCAUUUUAAUCCCUUCAUGGGCUCACUGUAUCCCCCCACCCCAUCCCAACAACCAAAACAUCCACUUCAUUGUGAUGUUCUUUUCCUGCUACAAACCUCCCAUUCAUUCUGGCCAUCUGUCCCAGAGCCCAUAGAAGAAGAGCCCCUGUUCGUCUGAGGUCAAUAGACAUACUUUAUUUCUGCUCAGGCCGUAUCUUUAAUUUCUCACAUUUGGUUUGACAUCCUUUGUUUCGGUUUGUUCACAAAGUGAAACAUGCAGGCUUUUCAUUCUGCUGUUAAAAAUGAAAUUGCACUGCAUGCUGUGGGUGUUAGUUGCAGAUUGUAUGAAAAUUCUAUAUACAGUGUACAGUAGUGUUGGAUUGUUUAGAACAAGAAAUGAUGUAUCAUUGACUGUUCAAGAAUUCAGGGGGGACCAGUUUUCUGCACUGAAUGAGAACCAAAAGUGCUUAUUUCUAUCUGUGGAUAUAAAAGUGGUUUUGAUUUUGUAUGGAAAUGUUUAGUUAGUUUGGAUUUCAAUCAUAUUAACCAAAUAUUAUAAAAGUCGCCAUUAUAAGAAAAGGCUGAUUCCAUUUCACAAAGCCUUCAUAUCAACUAUUUCAAAUUAUGAAAGACAAUCUUGAGGGUAUUUGUUUUAAACUUGAAGAAAAGCUGUUUUUGUUGGAGGUGACAAGUGGAGAGACAGCUUAUAUUUCCUUAAUCGUGGCAGAACGUUGUACUUUUAGGUGAGUCCAAAUGAGAAUGUUUGGCUGUACCAAGCAACAAAUUUAUCUCAUUUUUAAUUAUUAUUUACAAUGUUGUUAAAUUGCCUCCCAAGUUUAUUCAUUUUUUGGAAUUUCCAUUUGUUCAGAUGAUAAAACAAAAUUAUCCUAGGGAAAAGUUUGGUUAUAUUUGUCAGAAUUUUGUUAAAUAUAUUUGAAAAUCUGUUGGAAAAUGUAUGGAAGUGUAGUUCUCCCCAUCCAAAACUUGUUCCAGUGGAGUUGGUGGACACUGAUAUUAAUUACUGUGAACUGGGGAUAAGUUUCUAAUCAACUGCGCUUGGAAAGCCUUCAUUGUUAUUAAUUGAUUGAUGGUGAUUCUGUCAAAGAAUCAUAGAAAGUAUAUGACAUAGAGGAUGGCCAUUGGCUCCACUUCCUAACCCCAACUUCUAGUGCUAGGUCUGAUGCUAUUUAUUAUCUAGCCAAAAUUUUCCCAUUUACUGCUCUCAUCUUGUUGCAUCCUCCCAAAUGCAGUGCUCGGGAUAAAAAUACCAUUUCUUACUUUCCUGCCCAGCUAACCAGGCCAUCUGUAGUUUCCUGCAGGCUAAGGCUUUCUUCCUCACUACUAACAAUUUAGCCAGUUUUUCUAUCAUCUACAAGGCAUUGAAGUCUCAGUUAAUAAUACGUAUUGCAAAAAUUCAAAGGCCUGAGCACUUGACCCUGUGGACCUCAUUGACAAUAAUCUUCCAGUCACAAAAGAGGCACAUCAGUCAUUACCUUUUGCUUCCUACACAGUUAAUUUUAGACCAAUUUGAAACCCUCCCUUGGAUUCCAUCCAGAUUUUAUUUUUCUGUCAAAUAGUUGACAUAACCUCAUUGGAUGAUUUCUCAUGCAUCAUUUAUUCUCAGAGCUGUGAUUUUCUGUUUUCAACCAAAAUUAUCAUUAUUCCUAUCCUCUCUUUUUUAAUUCUGCCCUCUAUCUUUUUGAAACACUAACCAGGAAUGGUAUGCUACCUGUCGUGCAUGUUUUCAGUGGUUGUAGUACCGUACUUCAAUAUGUUGGCCAGUGCUGUCAAUUCAUCUACCUUGUACUCUGAAAUUCAUUUCAUAACCGUAUAUAUAUCCUUAAAAACAUGCACACAACUUUUUUUUGACUAAAAAUGUUCUAAUUUUUCUCUGUCGUCUAAUGACUUGUUUAAGGUUUCUCUUUGACAGAAGGAGUGUUUUUGGUGCAGUUAAGUAUGUUUAGAGAAGUUUAAUGCAUGCUAAUAACUCUAGUUAUCUAAAUCAAUGUCAUCACAUAGAGCAAAUCGCAAAGGUCAAUUUGGAUUAGAGUACAUCAGAUGCCAAAAAUACAAAUUGCUAAAAUGUAGCUAAUUCUUGAUGAUGGGAAUCUUUAUUCCCAUCACCCGAUACUGAUUUGUAAGCACUGCUGUUUUUUGAUGGUUUCCUCUUUUUCUUGCUCUGUCACAGGCUCACUGCUGCUCAUGUGUCUCUUUCCCUCCACUGUCCCUGGCAACUUUCAGAUUUUCACGGCAUGAUUCUGGUGUAUUUAAAAAAAACACAGAUUCUCUAAAUAUAUAGGAAAUUAAAUAUGGGCCUAUUUACCUUGAAUGGAAUAACUCAUUAAAAUUUUUUUGUAAGAAGGUUGUAUGUAAUACGCUUCAAUGGACAGUUUUGGCAACAAAAUUUGCUAAAUUUGAUUUUGAAAGACAGUUUUUACGUACAGAUUGAAUGAAAGAUGUGGGCAAUUUCUUGAUGACAAAUUCAAGUGGGUAUAUUGUAAAUAGAAUUGGUUGCAAUUUUUUACUGCACACCUUUGUAUUUUAAAUUGUUCAGAAAACCAGUUUCAUUGUCAAUCCCGUCGUUCCAAAACAUUUCAGCAGAGAAACAAAUAGUACCUUGAAGGACAUGUUUAACAGGAGAUCAGAAUCUAACACCCCCAUCCCCAUCACCCUACCCAAGCCAGCAAUAUUCUUUAAAAUAAACUCUCAAGGCAAAAAAGGAUCUAGCGCUUAUCUUCUUGGACUUCCAGCCGUUUACAGGUAUCGAUUAUAAUGGAUGUUUCAGUGACACAAGCUACCAUCUUCAUCAGGGAUGAUGCCUGGGCAUGUCUAGUCUGGUGUAUUUAUACCCCUGUCAUCCUUCCCUCCUGAUUGGUUAGUCCCCAGCUAAUCAGAUUUCCGCUGUCCCACCUUGCUUACAAUCAAAUUCCAGUUCUUACUUAGAGCGAGACCUUUACCUUUGUUAAAAUUCUUUUCCUCUAGUUUUAUUUCAAUGGCUUCUUUCACCAGACGAUCCCAAAGCCCAUUUGUGUGGCACAGUAGCUUUAACCUGUCAAAGUCAAUCCUAUGGCCAUUUCAAAUGCAAUCUUCUGCUACCGCUGAUUUCUCCAGGUAACCCAAAUGGAUACAUCCCCGUGCUGCAUAAUGUGAGUUUGCACAGUGCGUACCGUCUGGCCAAUAUACACUGCUCCAUAUUUACAGAGAUGUAAAUGCCACCCAUCCUGAGUCCCGGGUCAUCUUUGACCAGCAUAAGUGGAGAAAUUGGCGGUAGCAGAACUUUGCAUUUGCAAUGGCCAUAGAAUUGGGUUUGAUGGCUUAAAACUACUGUGCCACGCCAAUGGCUUUUGGGACUGCCUAGUGAAGGAAGCCAUUCAAAUAGAACCCGAACAAAGAUGAAGGUCUUGCUCUAACUAAGAACUAGAAUUCGAUUGUAAACAAGGUGGGACAAUGGAAACCUAAUUGGGUGAGGACUAAUCAAUCAGAAGGGACAGAUAAUGGUGGUAUAAAUAUCACCAAACUAGACAUGCCCAGGCAUUAACCCUGAUGAAGAUGGCAGAGUUUGUCAUCAAAAUGCCAGUUAAAAUUGGUACCUGUACCUUGCUGGAAGCCCAAGAAGAGUUUAUUCACAAUCUCAAAGCAUUCUGUAUGAAAGGAUUGACUUCUCAUACACAAAUGUCUAUCCUUUAGUAGUUCCCAUUUUAGUGCCUGGGGACUGAGUGUUCCAAAAUACACAGAUGGGAGAAUGAAAGACUUGAAAAGCAAAGUAAAUAAAAUUCUUAUUCGGAAAUGCAUGUGCUAGGCCACAGGGGCAGGCACAUACCUUUUGCAUAUGUUGUGAAUGUUAAUCAACCGACAUAUGUUUUAACACCAAUGUUACCCACUCAAAAAUGUGAUCACAAUGUGAAGAAUUUUUAGGCUGUGGUAUGAUUUGUGGAGCACACUUUGGAAGAAUUUGUUCAUGUAAAAAAUUCCCGUUUUCAAUUUAACACUUUAACCAUUGAAUAAAUAAUCAUCUAUUCUUGAAUUGUAGGAUUGGAUGGUGUAGAGUAGCGCAGUGUUGGAUUGACUGAGAAUUAGCUUCCUGAAUGGCUGUAGUGUCCUGCAAUAGCACUUUCUCUGCCUUUCAUUGUACAGGGUAGUGGCUUUGCUGUAGUGUAGACCGUCAUCAAAACUAUUCAGUUCUAAAAUUUUAUUAAAUAUUAGAAGACAAACUCAAGUUCUUUACUUGUUAUCUGUAAUUAAACCAAAUUUAAUUUUGCCAUUGAUGCAAUAGUUUGAAACAUUAUCCUUUCCCAAUCUAAGAUAUGUUCCUGAUAGGCAAGUUUUAAGUGACAAGUUUAAGAUGUGUGCAGGACUGCACAAGGUGUCUUGCAUCUUUAAAAACAAAGCUAUAAGUAAAUAAUUGAUUCAUAAAUCAGUGCUGAUAUGCUGUGUGGGUGCGGUCUAAAGGAAGUUGAAAUGGUGCAGAGACAGGAUAGUCUAUAGAAAUUUUGUUUAAAGGAUGCAAUUAUUAGAAAUGUGAAGUUCAGCAGCACAGUAAGCUGUUCAAUUUGUGCUCUGCAUCACAUAACCUGCAUUACCUACUAUCAGGUUAAAUUGAAUAAGGUGAAAUCUUGUUGGUAAGACAUCCCUUCUUCUGCUCCCUGCAGUUAUUGCUGAUCAUUAUUUCUACGUUUCUCCGAAGCACUUGAAAUAGUUCGGCAGUUACCAAGCUACAAACUUGUAGUCCCUAUUCUGGUUAGUUGGAGCAUAUAUGGAUUUGCUUGGAUGUAUUGAUAAGAGAUGCUCAUCCCAUUCAAAUCAGUCGAGAGUAUCUGGCCCAAAGGUUCUACUUGAUUAUCCAUUUUCCGAUGUGAAGAUCAAUUCCAAGUUUAGUUCUCAUUCACCCAUACACAGGAAUACAGCCAAAUGAAAUAGUGUUCCCGUGGGGCCAAGGUGCAAAACACAGAACCAAGUGUCGCAAACAGCACUCAGCACAUAUUAUGAUAUUAUUAAUUAUGAUAGCAGAAAAAUAUCAAUAAAUAACAAUAUAGCCCAAGUGGUUGUGUGUCCUGGCCUGUAGACUGAUGGUGCAUGGAUGUUGUUCUGGAGCCGCGUUUCUGCAGGAACAAGCCGCAGCAGUUCUUCACCCACCAACCCCACACUUAUCAUUCCACGUGACUUUAAAAGCCUUUUACCUCAGGUUUAACCUUUUUGUUCAGUUAGUAAUAAUAUGUGCUGCUGUCUGGAUAAAAUGUGUGAAACUAAAUGCAAAAAAGAAAAUCAUUUUUGUAUUCAUUAUUUAUAAAGAAAUUACUGUUUUAGAAAAUUGUUCUACGCCUUUUCAAUAUUCUGAUAGUGACUGUUAAUUUAUGAUUUUCAUUUAUCAUGUAUUCCUUUUCAGCCAAAUUAAUGUAACUAAGUACAAUGUCUAUAAAUAUGAUUCUUGCACAUUA